AUGGCGCCCACCAAGCUCACCGGUCGCAUCCACGGCGCGAGCCUGGUCGACCCAGCCCUGCACUCACCAGAGAUUGACGAGCUCCUCAAGACGGAGGUGUCUCGUACGUUUGUCGAAUACAUCGUUGAGCGGGUGAUCGACGUCGUCGAUUUUGCACUUGGUCGCCCCUCAAGCUCCGCGAGGGGCCGUUCCCAAGGCACCCCAGACUCCCGCCGCACCGUACACACCGAAUUUGCCGCGUUCGCAAAGACUGUCAUCGAGCGCGCGGGCGUACAGCUGCCCGUACUAUUCGGCACGCUCGUUUAUCUCGAUCGUGCGAGACCGCAUCUCCAGCUCUCACUCGAAGAGUGGGCGUGCGAGCGUGUCUUUCUUGGAGCGCUCAUCUGCGCGAACAAGUACCUCAAUGACUCCACGCUGAAGAAUGUGCACUGGUCGCUCUGCACAGGCCUGUUCAACAAACGGGACGUGGGCCGGAUCGAGCGCGAGUUCCUUGAUGUGCUAGAUUUCGAACUGGCAGUUACUGAGGCCGAUGUGCUUGCGCACUACGAGCCCGUGAUGCUGUUACGGCGCCCCCAGCCCGCGCGGCUGCGCAUUCCUUCCCGAACAUCGUCUCUCUCAUCAAGACCGACGCUCACGCGGCACAAUUCGAGCUCAACAGACUCAUCCAUGGACGACGACUCGCCAGGGUCCACAGACUCCGGUUCACUGCCGCAGACGCCAGACGACGUGGUGCAGGACAACAACGUGGCCGUAUACGUCCGCUCGCUGUCGAAGCAUUCGCCGGAGGAGGAAGAAGCGGAACCGGUUCGCCGGUCACGCAGCUUCCGAAGCUCGUCGAAAGAGCCCGUCCACAAAGCCAAGGGCGAGUCUGGGCACGGGCACCACCGGCUGUCAUCCGCGUUCAACCUCCUCCGGAGUAUCCAUAAACCAAGCUUUCACCAUUCCCAUUCGUCUUCUGCAUAA